UUGUCUGGCUACCACAAGACAGGAGGUCAGUUGACGGAGGUUGUGGUACGAGGGGCAGGUCACAUGGUACUGGUCGACCAGCCCGGGACCAUACAGAACCUGGUGGCACGCUUCACCCACAACAAACCAUUCAGCCAGCGCUUUGGACUCCUUGAAGGAUCCUUCAUACAGGAAUUCAUUAAGAACCAGACAAAUGUGUAUUUGUAA